UCCCCACCCCGCAUCAAUCGCGUGUUCGCCUCCCCCUGAUACCGCCUCUUCCUUCCGUCGGCUUUUGUUGCCCUCCGUCCCCAACACCGCUCUCUCGCUCCCACCUUAGCUACUGCUGCUUCUGUUCAUGGUGGAGAUCAGCAAGGCCCGGUUUUCGGUGCUCUUUUAGCUCGCGAACCGGAAGAUCUGUGGGGACCCUGCAGGCGCUGCGAGAUGGAUGCUGUGUGCGAAGAGUGUGGAGAUGCUGGCAUCAGAAAACUGUUGCUGCGCUGCAGCAAAUGCAAGAGCGCCGCCAGGCAUCGAUAUUGCUUGGAUGCAAUAAUCUUUGAUUCGGUCGUGGACUGGUCAUGUAGUGGCUGUAUCCCAAAACACAAUGAAGCCAUUAAAUCAUUAGAAGACGCGUCCAAUGAAGUGCAACUAAGUAAUACCCAGUUGGGCUGCCCUAUGAUUAAUGAACCGAAUGUGGACAAUGAGAAGGUAACUAAGGCACGAAGACCUCGUACAAUUAGACCACGCCGGAAAAGAAAUUAUCACGUGGAUGACAGUACUAAACAUUUUCCAAGUGGAGACGCAUCCAAUCUGGGACAAUGUGGAAGCAAGUCCCAGGAGGAAAGAGAUAGUAUGCAUGCAAUCAGUGCACAAUUUUGUAGUGGUGACGCAAUAGAUUCUUCUGAAGUCUUUGUUGGGGAUAUACCCAACCACUAUGAUUGUGAGAAGGAAGGGGAGGAUAGAAAUGGACACUUAACUUGCGCAGUGGAGAGUUCUGAUGGUUCAAGUGAGCAGCCUUUGAAUCAUGCUUCAGAAUUUGAACCCAACAAUUUGCAGAAGGCAAUGGAUGGCUCUAGACUUACUUCAAAGUCUGCGGAGUGUACUCAUCUCUCAAAUGGAAGGAGUUGCUGCUUUCCUUCAGCGAAGUGUGUUGAGGAUCUUGUUCCACGAGGAAGAAAGGGUGAUAUAUUUUCUCUAACUAAUGAUGUUGAGGGAUCACUUCCAAUGAUUGGGGACAAGCCAUGUCCUACGUCGGCAAGCGUGGAGCAAGCAGUUGGUUUGUCAGUAAACAGGGAGAAACCUGAACCACUGAAGGCAGUUACAGUAUUUGAGAAGAGUGUCGUAGCAUCAAAGUUUGCACCAAAUUGUUCAAAGCGGAUCCAAGGAUCAGAGCUGAAGACAGGGAGCGCAGAUGUCUUGAGUCCUCUAAUGCAGCAUUUGGAUUCCUGGCCAACGGUACCAAUGCAAUCAAGUCCCUCGAAUGAACUAGAAGACGUGGCUGUUCAGGAAAGUAGUGCUGAAAGAACAAGGUGCUUGGUGGAUGAGCAAACCAACGCCCCUACAAUGGAGACGCUCAAAGUAUCAAAGCCCUCUAUGGAAAAUGAAUGCUUGGAUUCCAAUGAAGACAACUCGGAUAAAGCAAAUAGAGGAUCAGAUGAGGUUUUAUUGAGCACCAAAGCCAAGAAGAUGCCAAGGCAAAUGUGUGGUGAUAGAGAGACAAUUAACUGUUACAACAAAAAUGGAAUUUCAGAACCUGAGCCAGCAAAGGGUGACCGAGAUGCAAGAAACCUCCAACGUAGUGCAGAAAAGCCAUCAUAUCUUGGUGUAAAAAAGAUGUUUCUUAACCGGGUAUUGCAAGGGGAAGGCAUUAACAGCGAGUUAUUGCCUUCUAAGUUUGUUGGUCCAUGCGAGUCAACAAAAAUCAACCCUAGAAAGCGUAAACAAUCAGAAAGUUACAACCCAGAUGGAACCAGAUAUCAGAAGGUUGCACGGUCAAAAGAUGGUAGACUUGCGCCGGCAGCAUCAUUGAGAGAUAGUCAGAACAUGCCUGGGGAAGACAAUGUUAGCAAUGAUAAAGUUAUUGGGCACUCCACGAAGGGAAAACAUAAGAAACUGGACAAGUCAUGGCUGGCUAACAAGGCCAGCAGAGAUCCACGGAAGAGGGAGAUGGUUACAAGAGAUCUUCAUAGAAGUUCUGUGGAUAAAUCAAGAGCUUAUUCAGAAAAUAUCGAUCUGACACUCCAGGAGAGCAGCUACUCGUUGAAUAAUCCCCAGAGCAGUUGUGAGCCAAAGAAACGAAGGCGACUCUAUGAUUUGAAUUCUCGGUCUUGUGAUAAUGAUAGACAUCUGAGGAAGAAAAGAAAAUGCACCCAAAAUGCUGCGAAAAACCAGAGAAGAUGUUUAAAAAAGGGUAAAGAAGCUUCGGGGUCAGGAAAUUUGAAUCAUCGACAUUCCAAGAAUUAUAAGAGAAGCACAGAUGCAAACAAAGAUGAAAAUGCAUCUGUAAGAAAUCUGGAUUUUGGAUGUGCUAAAAGUGUUGUAGCACAGCUGGCAUCACAAACUGUAGUCAAGGAGGGCAACUGUGGGUUAUCAAGGAUGCCACUCAUUUCAGAAUGUAUUGACAUGCAACACCUUGAUAAACCUUACUGGACUGGAAUCAUGGAGAUUGACAAGAACUAUGUUCCAUUGGCUGCACACCUGUCAACCAAAGCAGGCAAGAAGGUGAAGGAACACUCAAGAUCAUUGCCACCAAUAUUAAAAGUGACAGAAUUUUCUACAUCGAAAACAUGUCCAAAGCACUUGGAGGCACCAAUACCCCCAGCUGACAGUAUUGACUUGUAUUUCUUCUGUGGCGAUACGAGGCCAAAUAAAGAGCUGGAUCAGCUAGUGAAGCAUGUCGCUGAUAGCGGUAUUAUUAUAGAAGCUAUUGUUGGUUUGGCCAAGCUGUGUCUCUACCCUUCUUUUGUACUAGCAGAGGAAAACCAGACGUUCCAAGGGAAACCCUAUCUAUGGGGAGUGUUCAAGCCCAGAAAAGAUGAAAUCAAAAGAUUAGCUCCAGCGGAACAAGACUGUUCGGCACACGUCACUGAGGAAGAACAUGUCCAAGAACAGAAUGUGUUGGACCAGCAGGACAAGGCGCAGAGCGACCCUCUUGAUCAAGUCACUCAUCCCGCACACGUCACUGAGGAAGAACAUGUCCAAGAACAGAAUGUGUUGGACCAGCAGGACAAGGUGCAGAGCGACCCUCUUGAUCAAGUCACUCAUCCCGAGAAUCAACCCUUGCUAGAUGCAAACGAAGUGGGAAAGGAAACAUUGUCUGGUAAUGGCCUGUCCUUGGUUGACAUGAGAGCGGUAGUUUCUGCAAAUAUCAGCCCAGCUGAUCAUGUACAACCCUGCUCAAAUCCAGAAGCUCCGCCUCUCAAAAUCUGUGGCUUUGUUAUGUCACGGACACCGAGAUCUGCGGAGCUCAUCCAGGAGAUGCAGAAGGAAGGUGCAUUACUGUUUGCUGUGCAGCAAGUGAUGACAGAGCCUGGGUCGGUGGUGUAGGCCAUGGCGAAGUGGUCUCUUUUUAGGCUAGAAAUAAGCUAGUUGUAGUCCUGAGUAUCUUUAGUGCAAGUUCACAUUUUGACUCCCGUUGUAUAUCUGUUUGCUAGUUAGCCUCCCUUCUUUUCAUGACCAAACUGAACUCGGUAGGAUGUACCUGGAGCAGAAUUUCUUUCUGGUUAUGCUACCUUCAGAGCUAUCCUCGCGUACUUUUGUGUUGGCAGAAUUGUGACGCCAGGUGAAAGAUUCUACUACUGGAAAAGCAUCUGCCCUGUACUUCAUAAUGACAUGUAAAUUGUCACCAGUUUAUCAUUUAUUACCUGUUAUCUUGUGCUCA